UCCUCGCACAGCCCGCUGAUUGUGUAUGUGUGUGAGGGGGGUACCAGUAAACACAGCAGUGCUGCUGCAGAGAAACUCCAAAAAGCUUCAUCAUUGUGAGCGAGGGGAGUUUUCCCCCUCUUUUUUUGUUUUUAUUUUUUUUUUUAUCUUUUAUUGGAUCAACAUUUAAUUUUUCCUAGCCUGGAUUGGAUUAUUAUUUUCCGAUUGUGAGCCCAAAUGUAAAAGGAUACCUGUUACUUUCAUUUUUAUUUUUGGGUUGAUUAGAGAGAACACCAUCCCAGGUGUGAGGAGGGCACAGCAUGCAUGAGAGCCUGGGCCCUAAAGGAUAAGCAACUCGCCCCUUUUAUGCCUCGUACAGAAGACGAGAGUACUGGCUGUCUGCUUUGGGAAAAGGAGCUAGAGCCCUGGAUUAAUGUGUGUACAGGAUUCUGGGUUACCUGAAGACGUGGACUACACAAGUGAGCAGACCUGGAUUGAAUCUGUGGCAGAGGGGAUUGGCAUGGCUCAGACCGGCUUUGUGUCAACUCAUCAUGCUUGCCAGGCCUGAUGGCAGAAAGGAGCCUUUCCUAAAGCUCACACUGACCACACUGACCACGGAUCACUAUACAACACAAGAAAUCUAAUUUUGCCGCUAUGGCUGUUGAGCCCAACAACUGCACCAGCCAUUAGGAUUUUUAAUAUUACUCGAGAGUGCAUGCUUUUUAGUGAGUGUGGAUGCUUUUUAUGCAGGCUUAUCUGCCAUGGUAAAGGCAUUGAAAACAUGAGUCUUUGACAACACAGAGGAGGUCAUCGUCCACACAAGGAUCAGCUCAGCAAAUACUGACCAGGUCAGGAUAUCACAAGAAACCCAUUGGACAAACUUUUCCUUUCAGAGAGGAUAAGAGCAAAUUCAAGAGGAAAUCUUGAUUGGAUUUUUGGUGCCUGGAAAGGAUUUACCACCUCAUCUAAACCAGGGCCUCUUCAGUGUUAAGACUGCCAGAAACACACCUCCAAGAUGGUGCAUCAGUGCAAGUCCUUUAUCCUCUUCCUCAUCAGGAUUGGAUUACUGCUUGGUCUUGCCAACCCCUUGGUCACCUCUGCUUCGUGUCCCUCAGCCUGUCGCUGUGAUGGGACUUUCAUAUACUGUAAUGACCGAGCUCUGACUUCCAUUCCUAUUGGUAUCCCAAAGGAUGCUACUGUGCUCUUUCUGCAAAACAAUCGCAUCAAGAGUUCAGGCAUUCCUGCAGAGCUCCGUAGACUUACUAAUGUGGAGAAGAUCUAUCUUUACUGCAACAAUCUGGAUGAGUUUCCAAAUAAUCUUCCUCUUGGGCUAAAAGAGCUCCACCUGCAGGAGAACAACAUUCGGAUGAUUACCCAUGCUUCUUUAGCCCAGAUUCCCUACAUUGAGGAACUGCACCUGGAUGAUAACUCUGUAUCAGCUGUCAGCAUAGAGGAGGGGGCCUUCAGGGACAGUAAUCACCUCAGACUGCUUUUUCUCUCCAGAAAUCACCUAAGCACCAUCCCCUCUGGCUUACCCAUGAGCAUUGAGGAGCUGCGUUUUGAUGACAACCGCAUCUCCUCCAUCUCAGAGCAAUCGCUGCAAGAUCUCAUUAACCUGAAACGACUAAUCCUGGAUGGUAACCUGCUCAACAACCGUGGGAUUGGGGAGAUGGCUUUCAUCAACCUGAUCAACCUGACAGAGCUUUCACUCGUAAGGAACUCUCUGACAUCCCCGCCAGCCAACUUGCCAGGCACCAGUUUGGAAAAACUGCAACUACAAGAUAAUCACAUAAAUCGGGUCCCACCUGGGGCUUUCGCCUUCCUUAGGCAGCUGUAUCGUCUGGACCUGUCUGGUAACAACCUGAGCAGCCUCCCACAUGGUGUGUUUGAAGAUCUGGACAAUCUCACUCAGCUCCUGCUACGCAACAACCCCUGGCAAUGCACUUGCAGGAUGAAAUGGGUGCGUGACUGGCUGAGGUCGUUACCAUCAAAGGUGAAUGUACGUGGCUUCAUGUGCCAGGGUCCCGAUAAGGUCAAAGGCAUGGCAAUUAAAGAUCUAACAACAGACAUGUUUGACUGCUCAGACUCAGAACUCUUUUCCACAUACGAGACAAGCACAGUCUCCAACACGUUACGCCCAUCACAGUCCCUGUGGCCCUCAUUUGUCACUAGAAGGCCCGUGGUAAAAGGGCCUGACAUCAGUAAGAAUUACCACAGCACUACCACCUCUUCAGGCAGAAAGAUCAUCACCAUCAGCGUGAAGUCAAGUAGCGCAGACGCAAUACACAUAUCAUGGAGGGUGUCACAACCCAUGACUGCCCUACGGCUCAGCUGGUUAAAGCUGGGACACAGCCCUGCCUUUGGCUCCAUCACUGAGACCAUAGUGCAGGGGGAGAAGACUGAAUAUCUGCUCACUGCACUGGAACCAGACUCCUCCUACAGAAUAUGCAUGGUUCCCAUGGAGACCAGCAACAGUUACCUGUCAGACGAGACCCCUGUUUGCAUCGAGACAGAGACCGGCUCUCACAAAUCAUACAACCCAACUACAACUUUAAAUAGAGAGCAGGAGAAAGAGCCUUACAAAAAUUCCAGUCUGCCUUUGGCUGCUAUUAUUGGAGGAGCUGUGGCCCUUUUGGCAAUAAUCAUGUUGGCACUGGUGUGCUGGUAUGUUCACAGGAAUGGUUCACUUUUUUCAAGGAACUGCACCUAUAACAAAGGUCGUCGGAGAAAGGAUGACUAUGCUGAGGCUGGCACUAAAAAGGACAACUCCAUCCUAGAAAUAAGAGAAACUUCUUUUCAAAUGAUACCUAUAAACCACCUGCCUGUGUCCAAGGAGGAGUUUGUGAUACACACGAUUUUCCCACCUAAUGGCUUGAGUUUAUACAAAAGUCCACAUACCGAGAACAGCAUUAACAACAGGAGCUACAGAGACAGUGGAAUACCAGAUUCAGACCAUUCCCAUUCAUGAUAUUACACACGGACAUUCGUGAUGAGUGUGUGACUGAAACAGAGUGGCAAGACUUUUACAAAACACUGGAUCUAUAAGACUAAGGAAGCAAUGUUCUGUACAUUUGCCAUAUAAUUUAUAUUUAAGGACAUUUUAUGAAGAUGGAGAACGUUCCAGUUGCAGGCCAUCACUGAACCAUCAGUGGGUAACUAACUGCAAUUCUAUAUUUUAGAGAUUUGUAGUAAUUUGUACUGUAUUUCCUUUGCUUAAGGUUAUCGACCAACAAAAGAAACUCUGUGUUCUAUUAAGAUAUGAUGACUUGUCAACUGUGAAAGUGGGUUUUCAUUGCUGUGUUGAACAAUCAGACUUUAGAAAACCUUGUAGUAUAAGCACAGGUCAUUCUUUUAACUUUGUGGCUGUUAGAAAAACAAAAAGGCAAAAAAAUGACAAGGCAGUAAAAACUAAGGCACAGAUGAUAAACUAAUUCACAAAGCAGGCAUGAUGCCCUCUAAAAGAAUGAGCAGUCAGUAGCCAUCUCCACAUGCUAUGGACCAAGAAUUAUACUCUAGUAUUCACGUAAUGUGGGGGUUUGAAUGACUAAAAAAAUGAGGUGCCAUGAUUUUUAUUUCUGCUUUGCUCAGUAUGUUAUUUUGUUCCAUUUGCAAGAAAACAAAACAACGCAAAGCAGGGUUUCAAUGUUUCUGAUAGAAUUAUAGGCCACAGCACAGGGCAGAUAAAGCACACCAACCUUAAGGAGCUCUCUGCUUCUCAAAACAAGUAGACAGGUCAGGCUGACACAGAGGACCCCCCACCAACUAUAUUUGUACAAGCCAACAAUGGCCAAAUAACAAUGGCAAGAUCUUUUUAGUACCGUGUACCAUACAUCAUUUUAGUCAUUAUGCCAAAAAAAAAAAAACUAAACGUGCUGGCUUUCAUCAGAAUUA